CUGCUGCUCACUUGCUGUUUCAGGAAAUGAAGCUUUGAUCCAGUUCACACACCUCGCAGCGGGAGCUCGCACACAGAUAACAACACUAGCAUGACUGUUUGCUGGAAACCAUGGCCUAACCUCGUCUGGAUCUGUUUAUCACUGUGUGCAACCGGAGUGGUCACAGAAGAGUUCAAACUACAGCCUCUGAAUUCAACAGUGCUACAAGGCUCUGAUGUGCGAUACACCGCCACCGUGGUGGGAACCUGGCAGAGCAUGACUUGGACUGUUGGAGAGUAUCUGGUCGCCACUGUCCAUGUCCCUGGCACCGGUAACAUAAGCGUAUUCUCAGACCAGUAUGCUGCCAGAUUCUGCGUUAAAGAUGACAUCAGCUGUGUGGAGUUCUUCAUGUACAACGUCACCCGUGGACAGUCCGGGAAGGUUAUCUGCUUUGUGAUGGGGAAGUAUGGAUCGAAGACAGCAGACCUUUACGUACAAGCCAGUGGUGUGGUCAGCAUCACAGGAGGAACCGUGACGGCGACUCAGGGCGACCAGGUUGAGUUCCAGUGUGCAGCAUUUCUGUGGUUCCCUGAUCCUACCAUCACCUGGACCCGCAAUGGUGAAGCUGUGAACAGCAGCCUGUACAACACCACCAGCGUUAAUGAUGUGAAUUACUUCAACUCCACGAGCGUCCUGAAAUUCCAGGCAGAGAGAAACACCAGGGUGGAGUGUUUGGCGACUGUGCCGACACUAACAAAGCCAAUCCAAUCCAGCUCGGUCUACUUGGUGGUUGUUCCCAAGCCUCCUGACUGGACUGUGCUGAUAGCUGUGGUGUUGUCCUUUAGUUGUGCCGCUCUGCUGGCUUUGCUCAUCAUUGGAAUCGUCUUCUGCUACAAACGCAGGAAAGAAAAACAACUCACCUACCAAGAUGAAAUGAGCAGGAGAGUGAGGACACAGAGCCAGCUGAGUGGCGUCCACGCGCCUGGACAGAGAAAAACGGGUCAGAUGAACGCAGGAUACAUGCCGGAUGGUCAGACAAGUGUCGCCCCCAGUCAGAACACUGACAGCGGCUUUUCUCAGGCAAAUGGCUCCCAAUUUUAUGAGAUCCAUGAUAUUGUGAACCACGCAGGAAGUGCCUGCAACACUGUGGACGGCGUCAUGAAACACAGACAUGUCACUAUCGUGUGAAGGAAGGACGGAGGACAAAGAACUUUGGUUUCUGAAUCUGCUCAAAGAGCGACGUUCUGCAGUAACGUCCGAGGCAGAAGAGACAUACAGUGUAUACUGGGAAUGUGUCCUGCUCGCUGCCUGUAUACAGCUGUAUCAGCACAAUGUAAACUUAAAGGGAAUAUACUGUAAAGACAUUUUUUGAUUGUGUUAUUUCUGAAUGUGUAUCUUUGAAAGCGCAGUAACAACGUAAUGAUAUACAACUGGAGCAGCAGUUGAAGCUGCACCAACACAACCUCUUUGGGUUUUUCUCAGCUUUGUUGAAUGGCUAUGUUUAUCUAAUUUAUAUUCUGUUGAAUAUUCAAACCUCCUUUGUUAUCCUACAUAAAUGUCAGAUUCCUCCUUAAAUGUAAUAAAUGACUGUU